UGUGUAGUGCUCAGUGACGUCCCUGCGGUCUCUGUAGGAGGUGGGGCCUGUGGCGCUCAAUUCAAUAUCCGUCUUAUUGGCAGAUAUUGGCGUUUCGAUCUAGAAAAAAAAUGUAUACGGUGUGAAAAGUGCUUUGAUCUAUUAACCUUCUCUUUUUUCAGAUAUUUUAUAGAAAAGACGUUUCAACCUUAUUAGAAAAAGACAAAGAGAAAAAAACAGUAAGAAAGGAGAGUGCUAUCCAGUUCAAUUCCUAGUGCGGCACGCAAGAAGCGCCAUGCGUCCUGAAGAUGUCACCGAAGGGCGGCGCGAGUGGGUGUCCCCCGGCCUGUAGGUUGGAGGAAUCGAACCAGCGCCGCGGGAGACCGAGCAUGGAGGCGGUGGGAGCUCCGUGAUGCUCCCGCAGCGAAAGAGGGCGAGAGAGUGAGAGAGACACCCGACGCCACGAGAUUAUGGAUGCUGGUGCUUUCCUGGCGCCGCUGAUCCCGCCCUGGUCUCCGUCGACGGCCGCGCCCUCCACAGCGCUGGCCGAGCACCUGCACGACCUCCUCGGCGCCGCCAACGACUCCCUCAAGGUCGUCCUCGAGCCGUCGAGCGCUCUGGAGUCGCUCGCGUCCACCAUGGCCGCCCCGACGACCUCGUGGGCGCCCGCGGACGAUUCCCUCGUCAACCUCACCCUCGACGCGGCGGCGGCCAACCUCACCCUCAACGGCACGCCCUCCGACGACGACCUCGACGUCCAGGACUUCAUCUUCAACAACCUGGGGCCUCAGAGACUGCCGUACCGCACUAGCCUGACGGUGGUUUAUGUGCUGAUCGCCGUCGCAGGUCUGGUGGGAAACGUGCUGACUUGCCUGGUGGUGCUGCGGAACCUCUCGAUGAGGACUUCGACUAACUACUACCUCGUCAACCUCGCCGUCGCCGAUAUAAUCACACUCCUUUUCGCGCUACCGAUGGAGGUGUACCACAUGUGGCUUCAGUACCCGUGGAUCCUCGGCGACGCCCUGUGCCGCGUGAGGGCCAUCGUGCCGGAAACCCUGGCCCACGUCUCCGUUCUCACCAUUCUGGCCGUGUCUGGCGAGCGAUACGUGGCCAUUACUGACCCUGUCUUGGCCCGCACGACCCACACGCUCUCCCGGACGGCCCGAGUCGUGCCCAUCAUCUGGCUGGUGGCACUGCUGGCAGCCACGCCCUGGGGGUACUACCAUCGUUCGUGUCCCCUCGCGCAGCAACCUUUCCCCUUUGCGCACCCGCAGGUGAAUCAGCUGACUCUACCCUCUGGCACCGUCCUGAAGGAGAGUUCCUGGUGCGCCGUGCCCUUCCACGACGUCUCCUGCAACUGGGCGUGGCUUAUGUGGGCGUCCAGCGUCGGGGCUUUUAUCCUACCCAUGGGCGUGCUGGUCACACUCUACUGCAAGAUAGGGAUAGUCCUCUCCAUUGACCCACCGUCGCGAACUCCCUCAGCGGGGAACGGAGCCAUGCACACCCGCAGGCUGGGUAUUCGCAUGCUGGUAGCUGUCGUGGUGGUCUUCUUCCUGUGCUGGGCACCAUUCCACGCCCAGAGGCUAAUGUUCGUCAUCGUCACCAGCUACGGGGAGUGGACGCCACAUCUCAGAACUGUCAACGCUAAUCUCUACUAUUUCACAGGUCUGUGCUACUACCUGAACUCUGCCGUUAACCCCGUCCUAUACUCCAUUAUGUCGGUGCGCUUCCGGAUCGCCUUCCGCCGCUCUCUGUGUGGAGGGAAGGAGUGGGCGCGGCGACAGCUCUACAUCUCCAACACGUACGGCCCGCAGAUCGCCUCCAACCACUCCAACUUCCUAAACCGCACGCGUGAGCUCUCCACCGCGUCCACCAAAUUCGUGACGCGCGCCGACCCGAAGCGCCAGCCCGAACCGCCGAACCGAAACGGCUUCACGUACGCCUACGAGCCGAUGGACCUUGAAGGCUGAAUCGCCAGCGAUGGAGGGCGUGGGCGCUGGG